GGGGAUGGAAACUUAUUAAAAGACAAAGCAGUGAGGAAACACCCACUGAACACGUUUAAGAUUUUGUUUUAAACACCCAUUUCACGUACCCCCUCUCCCCUCCGCAACUGGGAGGCUGGGAGAGCAAGGCUACUUUUUGUAAAUAGCAGGAAUUUCCAAUGAUUAAGCUUUAAUCCGCGGUGAAAGGCGUGUCCUUUGACUGAAGGCGGAAACGAAAGUGAAAGGUUCUUCUGAUCCUUGACGUGGAUCGAAGUCGGUCGGUUGCGGAUCUGAGGUGGUUUAAAUCGCAGUUUGUUGAGGGGGUUACCGGCCCCUCGGGGGGGGGUCUCCAUGUCUCCGAAACUGGAUUUUUUUUAAUUGAAGAACUGGCCACGAUUAGACAUAAAGUUAUUAUAUUUUGUAAAGUAUUACUGCUUUACGCUUAGAAGAAAGGACUGCUAACAGAGAAUUCUGUUUGAAAAUUAUACAAGCAUAUCAAAACUCCUGAUUUGAACAGGGGAAGGUGUGAAUCAGGUUCCAGCAGUUGCUCCUAAACCAAGGAUUAACAAUUGAGGAAGCCAAGGAUGGUCAUGUCGGAAAGGGAGUGGUUGGAUGAAUUGAAAUGGGCCGUAACUGGAAGGUCCAGUCAGCUCCUGUGGACCCAACUAUGAUGCUCGGUGGGCCAUUUACGUUCGGUCUCCCUGAUGUAGAGAAGACCACAUUGGGAACACCUGAUGCAGUAAACUAGGUUGGAAGACAGCUAUCGAGAUGGUUCACGUUCCAAUCAGUGCAGAAAAGCUGAAUAUACCAGCUGCAAUCCCACUUGGAACAAUACUGCUUGGUUGUCUCUUGGGAUGGAUAUCAAGUUAUUGUGAAGAAGGUACAAAGUUUUAUUCAGGUUCUGGAAGAAAAGUAAAGAUUUUGUUCAUCAUCUUACUGAUGUUUCGACCACACCUUGUGAUCUCUUGUGGUGUAAGUGAGUAUGAUCACGAAGGUCACUGCUGUUCCAUGUGUUCACCAGGCUCCAUUGUACUAAAACAUUGCACUGAAUUAUUUGGUACAACAUGCAAGCCGUGUACAGCCGGAGAAUUUAUGGAACAUCCUAAUGGGUUAGACAAAUGCUUCAAAUGUAAACCUUGUGACCCAGAGUUGGGGUUUGAAGUUAAACACCCGUGCAUCUAUACACGGAAUACAGAAUGUAAGCCCAAAAAUGGGUAUUACUGCAGAGAGAGAAACUGUCCGAUGGCAUUCGAGCACAAAACAUGCCCUCCAGGUGAAGGAGUGAAAGAAAAAGGCACACAGUUCAAAGAUACUGUGUGUGAGGCCUGCCCCGAAGGAACAUAUUCUAGUAAUGAUUCAUCAACUGAACCAUGUGUGGAAUGGACUCAAUGUGUAAAGCACAAACAGAAGCAGGUCAGACAAGGAACCUCCACGAGUGACGCAGAGUGUGAAGAGGAGAGUAAUCUGCUCACUAUUAUACUUCCGCUAGUUUCCGUGAUUUUGGUUGUGCUCUUUGGAGGGUUUUCGUAUUUUAUAUGCAGGAGAAAGAAAAUGUGUGCCUCAGAUCCCAACAGAUUAUCCGAUCACAAGGAACACCGUUCCAUACCAGAAAGUGUAGGUCUUGUCAAGAGUCAAGCUGCAACAUCAGACAAUGACCAACCAGACAGAACAUUGUCUCUAUCCUCAGGUAAAGAAGAAUGCAAUAGCAGUCCUUGUGAUUCAGGAAUAGGGAGUCAAAAUUCAGCAGAUAAUAAUUCACCACAUGUCCAAGACAUUACAGAUACCCAGAAAUAGACAGUUGUUUUCGCAAUUCUUGGUUUGACUCAUCUAUGCACCUUACUUGUCAGGUUCAAAAUUGUUUUUCUACAGUCAGUAUAAGAGGACAGAAGGGCAAUGUCAAAAUAAAUUAACAUGAAAAUACAGCAAAAUUAACUCUCUCCUAAUUGAUACAACUUGACAGACAUUCUUUGAUAUAAUUAAAUCGAUCAAUGUUUUUAGGUUGAUUUGUGGGACAUGGAGGUCACUGGCUGACCAGCAAUUAUUGCCCAUCCACAGCUGUCUUUGUAAAUGUGAAAGUGAGCUGCCUUUUUGAACCACUACAGCCCCCUGCUAUGGAUUGACCCACAAUAACAUGAGAGAGGGAGUUCCAGGAUUUUGACCCAGUGACAGUGAAGGAACAAUGAUAUAUAUCUAAGUCAGGAUGGUGAGUGGCUUUAAGGGGAACUUGAAAGUGAUUGUGUUCCCAGGAAUCUGCUGCCCUUGGCCUUCUAGAUGGAAGAGGUACAAUGAUAAAAGAUAUGUGCUGCACCUUGAAACUAUGGACUCAUGAAAUCUGAACUACUUCAAGGCAGAAAGAUUGUUUACAAAAUAUAGUAGACGUAACUUGUUUUAACAUUUCAAAUAUUCAACAUUUUAGACCUUUGUGUGAUUCGAGUUCUACCCGUGAAGCAUAACCAGCCCUGAACCAUAAUUCAAAUCCAACACGUGAAACAGCUUGAACACUAUCGUCCUGAAUGAGAAAUGCAGACCAUUUGAUCAGAGGGAAAACAAUGGGCUGUUAGUUGGUGGUUGUUAUUUCUGUAAAAUGUAAUUGUUGAACAUUUGAAGACUGUCAAUUUUAUCCUUUCCUUCAUCACCUUAAUGCCUUUCAGUGGAAGGUCUGGAAUGUAAAGAUGAAUUGACAUAAAACUCAUAUCUGGUGUCAAACAUAUGGGAACACAUUCAGAUUCAGUACAUUUGGAGUCUUGAGCAUCUGCCAGCUCGACUUGAAUCCGUUGUCAACAAAUUCUGAAAGAUCAGAGCAGAGGAUGGACAAGCUACCUUUCAUCAGUGGGUAAAAGUCUGCCCUCAGAAUCUGAAGAUUACAAGGACUUGUCAACCCCAGCAUCUUGCAGGUCAGGAGGCAAACUUGAAUUUCUUUUGAAAAAUUAACCAUACAUUAAUAAUAUGUAUUAAUAGAUAAAGUUAUAAUGAAUAAUAAGAGAGCUACUCACUUUGUAAGGACCACAUCUUUUUAUUGCCUGUAUUUUUGGAAUGUGGCCUGCUUUAAAGGAAGGAUAUUGUGCAAAGAAGGCUACAGUGUUGUAAAUCAUGUCUACUGUAAUACAUUUUGUACAACUCAUUGUUUCAGGAAUAUAUAUUGUGAGUAGAAGCAGACACCACGGAGUUGAUGGUUUCUGAAUUAAAGGAAAGCUGCUUGACAAAAA